AAUCACAGACACUGCAACAAUUCUCGCGAGAUGCUGACGAAAUCGAGAAUUGGAUUGCUGAGAAGUUCCAAAUCGCGCAAGAAGAAAGUUAUCGUGAUCCGACACACAUUCAGCAGAAACAUCAGAAACAACAAGCAUUCGAAGCUGAGUUGGCUGCAAAUGCAGAUCGUAUCGCAACACUGAUAACUGCAGGACAGAAUCUUAUCGAUGGAAGCAAGUGCGCUGGUGGAGAGGAUGCGGUCUCACAACGACUCAAAGCCUUGAACGAUCAAUGGGAGCUGUUGGUGAAAACAACGUCAGAGAAGAGUUGUCGCCUAAAGGAAGCAAAUAAGCAGAAAAGUUUCAUGGCCGGCGUUAAAGAUCUGGAGUUUUGGCUUGGAGAAGUUGAA